AUGAGUUUCCCAGACGCCGAAUUGCCUAAAUUGAAGCCUGUUCUGUUCUUCGACUUGGACGCGGCAGAGCCAGAGCCUAUAUUCGAGAACGAGUCCAAGUCGUUCACAAAAGUUGCCGUCACGGGAGGCAGUAUCCGUUCCGUCGACGCGUCGUUCCCGUUUGAGUCCAAGGUUAUCGACGGCUACGACAAUAUCAGCUUCUCCCAGGCACAGCCGGGAAUCGGCAGUCUCGAUUGCGUGUUGUACCUCGACCUCGGAUCGGGAGUCAAAGGAUUGGUCAGCUACGGCGGAGUCGUGCGUUUGGAGGGAACUACCCUCCAGGUGGUUAGCAAGGAGAAAUCACACAUGGGUUUCUCUGACGGGUACGUCACGUGCCGCCCCAAAUUUGACCUGGACUCAAAAUCGUCCAAAGAGUCCUGGGUCAACCGUCACAAUUUCAUCGGCAAGGGCCGGUUCAUCAGAACCGACAAGGGCGGCCUCAAGGUCCAGUACUAUGUGUAUACGUUCGACGAGUAA